GCUACGACUGGUGAAUCGCGCGAUUCGGGCUCCGCUCAGUGGUUUUUGUUGCGCCUAAAAAGCCGUCCGCAAAAGCGUGAUCGACAGCGUCAGCUGGGGGGGUGUUGUUGUUUGUCCCACACGUCCCCGCUGGCUUCACGGGCUUCCUGCUGGCCCGUGUGUGUGUGUGUGUGUGUGUGUGUGUGUGUGCGCGCGUUUUUUUUUUUUACCGUCGACGUGUAGGAGCACUUUGGCGAACGCGGUGCUGUAUCUUCCCUUUGGACGUGUGACGUCAAGGACCUCCGGUGAGUCGAGUCCUCCCCUCCAGAUGAAAUGUCAGGCUUUGAGCCUGUCCUCUGAUCCAAUGAACCCAUGGGGAAGACCCAGCCAACCAACACAAGGAUGAAAGGUGGAUCUCGGAGAACUAUAAAACGAAAAUCUACAGAGAUCGUCCCCUCUGACGCGGAGGAUGGGGACGCUCUGCCAGGCGGCGAUGGUGGCGCCAUCAGCCGGCUCGCCGAGACUUUCUUGCCGAGUACCCCGAGGAGAGGCACGAGGCGGACGCAGGAAUCCCGCCUGACCUCCACACCCGUCCACAGCUCCUCCGCUGACCUCCCGUCUGGCAUUUCAGAGUCCCCCACAGGAGCAAAGCAAGAAGCGCUAAAGUCCACAGUGCUCUUCAGUCAGUCACAGACAUCCGCGGUGGAUUCAGCUGGCUCACAGUCAAGACCCCGAGGCCGCCCAAGGGGGGGUCGUGCUUCCAUGCCGAGACAGGUCCGCCUCAGGCUGUCGAAGGAGCACGCACAAACCUGCAACGGCCCUGCAGCCGCGUGCCGACGAGGCAGGAAGCGCAAUGUAAACAAGGAGGAUUUACAAAAGGACACCACUACGCUGCCAUCCAAACGCUCCAGACCUAGAUUUGAGCUGGAGAAGCUUGACGUGUCGAGCCACGACGGCUCAUUGCUGUCUUCAGAUCUAUCAAUAGAGCUGAGUCACCACGAGGAACAGCCGCCAUCUUUGUCCUCCCAGGAAGACGAGGGAAGUGAGGAGGAUGAGCUACCGAGUUUCUUGAUGCAGGUGGACAAAAAGCCCCCGUCCAUCGCGCAGGGCGUGUUUGUGUGGCACAAAAUUAGAAAUCAUCCCUUCUGGCCGGCAUUGGUGAAAAGUGUGAACAGUAAGCAGAAAAAAGCCAGCAUCAUGUUCAUUGAUGAACGAGAGAUUCACAAAAAGAAAGGGUUUACUGUGGCUCUGAAAACCCUGAAGCCUUUUGACUGUGAGGAAGCCAAUGAGCUUCAGUGUAAAGCCAAGGAAAAGUAUGAUACUGCAAUUGAUUGGGCCUUGGAGCUGAUAACCGACUACAGAAUACGGAUAGCCUGUGGCUCAUUUUCGGGCUCCUUCCUUGAGUACUUUGCUCAUGACAUGAGCUAUCCAGUGAGGAGAAAGUACCCGAAGGCCGCCUCGGAGCGACUGACCAUCGGCAGCGAUGCAGAGAUGGAGGCCAGGGAUGACGACCACGCGGAGGACAGGUGUAGUGAACAGCACGAGGACGUCAGCAGGAGCUCGAAGAGGCUGCUGCCAGACCGCACGCACGCCGCCCACAACCGGGCCAAUGAGAAGCUGGUACAUUUCAUCGUGAAGCAGCGCAUGGUGGACCAACGCCUUCUGGCUGUGAUCAGCGGGCAGCAGCAGUCCAGAUGGCUUCGCUCUUUCCUGAGUGCCAGUCGGAGACGGGUGGUGAACAUAUACCUGGAAGAUGACCAGCAGUUGGACCAGGUCUACUGGUACCUGAAUGAGCUCUACGCAACCGCCAGGACCAGCGCCCCUUUGCUGGCAAAGAUGAAAUCCAUGGAGCGCGUCCCCUUUGUCCUGGAUGUGCUUCUUCCUGAGGCCAUCAUCUAUGCCAUAGCUGGAGUGGACAAUGUCACGGUUAAAAAGGCAGAAGAAAAGUACCUAAAAGGACGAUGUAUAAGUAACAGGGAAAGGCAGGAGUUUGAUUUGAUGAUUGAACAGCAGAUGAGGAAAAAAUCAAAGCGCCAGAGGACGUCUGUUGCGCUAUUCUCCGAUCCCAUCAGUUAGCCGGCUGAAUAUCCUAAAACAGGAAACCUAUUUUUGUAUUUUUUUGGUGUUUAUUUACACGGAACAGACCAUUUUUUUGUGCCGUUUAUUAUCAAUAAUGAAUUAUGUGACGCAACUCUCCUUGGCCACUUUAUUCCCAAAACUUCAAAACUGUUCAAAGGGUGGACUCACAGAAACUGGUUUAAAACGAUAACAGUGAUGAUGAGUUAAUGCUCGCCAAUCUGAUCUGUUAGCAGUUUACUGACUCUGUGUACACUGCCAAAUCCCUCAGCAAUUAUUGUACAUUAAAAAAAAUUGCUGUCUAUAUAUGAUUGUGUGAUUUUUAUUUUAAAGAUUGACAAGUGCCAAAUAAAGUGCUUUCAACAUA